UCCGGGGACUGGGUUGCUCCGUGUGAUUGGCCGGCGAAGUCACAUGGUGAAAGUAACUUUACAGGGUCGCUAGCUAGUAGGAGGGCUUUAUGGAGCAGAAAAACGACAAAGCGAGAAAAAUUAUUUUCCACUCCAGAAAUUAAUGAUCAUGAGCUCCUAUUUGAUGGACUCUAACUACAUCGAUCCGAAAUUUCCUCCAUGCGAAGAAUAUUCGCAAAAUAGCUACAUCCCUGAACACAGUCCGGAAUAUUACGGCCGGACCAGGGAAUCGGGAUUCCAGCAUCACCACCAGGAGCUGUACCCACCACCGCCUCCGCGCCCUAGCUACCCUGAGCGCCAGUAUAGCUGCACCAGUCUCCAGGGGCCGGGCAAUUCGCGAGGCCACGGGCCGGCCCAGGCGGGCCACCACCACCCCGAGAAAUCACAGUCGCUCUGCGAGCCGGCGCCUCACUCAGGCGCCUCCGCCUCCCCGUCCCCAGCCCCGCCAGCCUGCAGCCAGCCAGCCCCCGACCAUCCCUCCAGCGCCGCCAGCAAGCAACCCAUAGUCUACCCAUGGAUGAAAAAAAUUCACGUUAGCACGGUGAACCCCAAUUAUAACGGAGGGGAACCCAAGCGCUCGAGGACAGCCUAUACCCGGCAGCAAGUCCUGGAAUUAGAGAAAGAGUUUCAUUACAACCGCUACCUGACCCGAAGGAGAAGGAUCGAGAUCGCCCACUCGCUGUGCCUCUCUGAGAGGCAGAUCAAAAUCUGGUUCCAAAACCGUCGCAUGAAAUGGAAGAAGGACCACCGACUCCCCAACACCAAAGUCAGGUCAGCACCCCCGGCCGGCGCUGCGCCCAGCACCCUUUCGGCAGCUACCCCGGGUACUUCUGAAGACCACUCCCAGAGCGCCACGCCGCCGGAGCAGCAACGGGCAGAGGACAUUACCAGGUUAUAAAACAUAACUCACACCCCUGCCCCCACCCCAUGCCCCCACCCUCCCCUCACACACAAAUUGACUCUUAUUUAUAGAAUUUAAUAUAUAUAUAUAUAUAUAUAUAUAGGUUCUUUUCUCUCUUCCUCUCACCUUGUCCCUUGUCAGUUCCAAACAGACAAAACAGAGAAACAAGCCCCCUGCCCUCCUCUCCCUUCCACUGUUAAGGACCCUUUUAAGCAUGUGAUGUUGUCUUAGCAUGGUACCUGCUGGGUGUUUUUUUUUUUUAAGGCCAUUUGGGGGGUUUAUUUAUUUUUUAAGAAAAAAAGCUGCAAAAAUUAUAUAUUGCAAGGUGUCUGGUUUGGGUGAAUUUCAGGGGAAAUGAGGAUGGUCUGGUUUGGGUGAAUUUCAGGGGAAAUGAGGAAAAGAAAAAAGGAAAGAAAUUUUAAAGCCAAUUCUCAUCCUUCUCCUCCUCCUCUUUCCCCCCUCUUUCCUUAGGCCUUUUGCAUUGAAAAUGCACCAGGGGAGGUUAGUGAGGGGGAAGUCAUUUUAAGGAGAACAAAGCUAUGAAGUUCUUUUGUAUUAUUGUUGGGGGGGGGGUGCGGGAGGAGAGGGGGCGAAGACAGCAGACAAAGCUAAAUGCAUCUGGAGAGCCUCUCAGAGCUGUUCAGUUUGAGGAGCCAAAAGAAAAUCAAAAUGAACUUUCAGUUCAGAGAGGCAGUCUAUAGGUAGAAUCUCUCCCCACCCCUAUCGUGGUUAUUGUGUUUUUGGACUGAAUUUACUUGAUUAUUGUAAAACUUGCAAUAAAGAAUUUUAGUGUCGAUGUGAAAUGCCCCGUGAUCAAUAAUAAACCAGUGGAUGUGAAUUAGUUUUA